AUGGGUUUGAACAAGAGAGGGAGAAAAGAAGACGAAGGGGAAUCGUCGAGCAGUAAUUAUUCGUCGUCUGAUGAUGAUGAGAAUGCUGAUGAGAAUAAGAAUAAGACGACGACGAAUGUUGAAGAAUUCGGAUUCGAACGCGUGGAAAAGCUCACCGGCCGAAGAUUGAAACAAGAGAAACUGAACAAGAAAAAGCAGAAAUCCGGCGGGUUUGAAAGCAUGGAUUUGCCUCCGGACAUCUUUCGAGCGAUUAAGCGCAAAGGCUAUCGAUUGCCGACACCUAUUCAGAGGAAAGCGAUUCCGGUGAUAAGCACCGGCGUGGACGUGGUGGCGAUGGCGAGGACCGGGAGCGGGAAGACGGCGGCGUUUGUGGUACCAGUUUUAGCGGCGUUGCAGAAGCACUCGCUGAGGAACGGCGCGAGAGCGUUGAUUCUCGCGCCGACGAGGGAGUUGGCGUUGCAAACCUUCGCGGUGACGAGAGAUAUGGCAAAGUUUACCGAUUUACGGUUGUGCGCUUUAGUCGGCGGCGAUAGCAUGGAGAUGCAGUUUGAGGAUUUGGCGAAUAAUCCGGACGUGAUUGUGGCUACGCCGGGGAGAGUGUUGCACCACACGAACGAGAUUGAAAGUUUCAGCUUACGAUUGGUGGAAAAAGUUGUUUUAGAUGAAGCCGAUCGGUUGUUAGAGAUGGGUUUUCAGGAGCAACUUUCGGAGAUUAUGAAAAAAGUGAGUCAAUCGAGACAGACGUUGUUGUUUUCCGCGACGUUGCCGAGCGCGCUGGCGGAGUUUGUGAAAGUCGGGUUGAGAGAACCGCGAGUUAUACGUCUCGAUUCGGAGAUGAAAAUAUCUGAAGAUUUGCGAUUGACGUUCGCGCUCGUGCGCAAAGAGGAGAAAAUAGCAGCCUUAUUGAGAAUCUUACAAACGGUCGUUGAAAACGAAAAAUCUCAAACAGUGGUCUUUGCGAGCACUCGACAUCACGUGGAGCACUUGGAAACGCUGCUGAAAAAAGAGGGCCACUCGUGCGUGUCCAUAUUCGGGGCGAUGGAUUUCGCGGCGAGAAAAAUCGCUCUGGCGACGUUCAAAUCGGGUAAGGCGAACGUGAUGGUCGUCACCGACGUCGCGGCGAGAGGUAUCGACGUGCCUUUGUUAGAUAACGUGAUUAAUUACGAUUUUCCAGCGAACGCGAAAUUGUUCGUACACAGAGUCGGUCGCGUUGCCAGAGCUGGGAGGAAAGGUAUCGCGCACUCGAUAUUGGUAAAAGAAGAGUUAGGGUACGUCGUCGAUUUACACUUGUUCUUGGGUAGAAAAAUCAAACCGGCGGAUAUUGUGCCACCACAAAACGAAGAAGAAGCGGAAAAACGAGCGAGAGAAGGCGACGCAAACGAAGAGUCUGUCGUGGGGACGUUCCCAAUCGGUUCCUUAGAUUUACUCGCCGACCGCGUCCGGGAAUUGCACGAAACGCACAUCGAGCUGGAAGCGUUGCAGAAAACCACCGUGAACGCGUACAAAGCGUACCAAAAGACGAGAAUUCCAGCAAGUUCGGAAUCCGUUGCUCGCGCGAAACCACUCAUUGAAUGUGGGCCACACCCGUUGUUCUGCGCCGCCAUCUUUCGAAAAGCGUCCAACGCCGGAGGAACGGCGAACACGACCACAUACAAAAACGCUAAAGAGUUGGCCGAACUCAUGCGCGGGAUGAAAAAUUACCGCCCGCACGCGACCGUCUUAGAAGCCGAGUUUGCUUCCGCUGGGAAAAUCGGAAAGAACUGGAAAAGUUCGGUAUCGGUGAACGCGAUGAGUGAGAAACGAAAAGCGCACGCAAAGUUUAUCGAGAUGCGGAAUAACGGGGAAGAAAAGACGAAGAAAUUGAGACCUUUAGGGGAUGAUGAGAACCCGAUUGUCGCCGGAAAUACUCACGCGGAUGAUGACGCUGAUGAUGAUGAUGAUGAUGGCAGCGAUGACGAUUCGGAUAACGACGAAGGCAACGACGACGACGAAGACGACGAACGAGUAAACGGUGUCGACAUUGGAGCAGGAGGAGGAGGAGGUUCUGGAGGUAAGAAGAAGCUGAAAACGCUAGUCUCUCAAGACGCCUUCUCACGAGGUAAAUUUCGCGACGACGAGUUCUUCAUGGACGUCGUUCCUCGCAAAAUCAAUCACAAAGAGCUUGGAUUGAGCACGAAAGAAGGUUGCACGAUGGACGAUUUAGAUGAAAUGACCAUGGACAUUGUCGCCGAAGACGGCGCGUCCAUGCGCAAACAAAAGAAACUUGUCAGCGUUUGGGACAAGAAGAAGAAAAAUUACGUCCAAGUCGACGCGAAUGAAAUCGGCAAGAACGGAAAGAGGAUUAAAAACGAAAGCGGGAAAGUAGUUUCGAAAGAUACGCUCGGAAAGACGUAUAAGAAGUGGCAAUCGAAAACGAACAGAUACGUUUCGCAAGUUGGUGAGGUUGAAGACGAGAAAACGCGCGCGAGAUACGAUAAGAAGAAGAGAGCCGGUGCGUCCGAAGGCGGCGGCAUGAGCCGGUUCAAGCGACAUUUUCACACGAAAGGUACGGAUGGUGGCGGAAAUGGUUCAGGAAACAACGCGCCGAGCGAGCUCAGAAACGCGGACCAGAUUCGAAAAGGAAGAAAAGAAGACAUCCGGAAGAAAAAGAGCGGUCGAGGUGGAGGAAGAUCGGGAGGAAGAGGUGGAGGAAGAUCAGGAGGAAGAGGUGGACGCGGCAAAGGACGUAAAUAG